AUGGAACUUCACGUACUUGGCAAAUUCGAGGAACGCCACGAGAACGCAUACACCAAGUCAGUCGAUAUUGGUGUAGAGGCAGUCACGUCGAUCAAAACAAUUGCAUCCUUAUCCCUUGAAGAGGACACUUUGAGGACUUACCGACGAUCGCUAAAAGGACCCCGCAAGGAGACAUUCCAAGUCACUCUUCAUGCAAGUCUUUGGCAGGCAAUGACUUACUUUCUAGGUAACUGUGUCAAUGCGUUGGCUUAUUGGUGGGGUUCUAAACAGAUCAUCAAUGGCAACUACACGCAAACACAGUUCCUGAUUGUAGUAUUCUCGCUCCUGGUCAGCGCAUUGCUCUGGAGUCAGAUGUUUGCCCUUGCACCGGAGCUUUCCGCCGCCCGAGCGGCGAUGGCAAGAAUCUUGGGUCUGAUCGAGAUUGGAUCGGACAAAAUGCAAGGACGCGUACCAUCCCGUUCACCUUCUAUCUCUUCUUCCGAGGAGAAAGACCUUGAGACAGCUGAAACGAAGUCAGCGUACGUGUCUGGCAACAACCAGGCCUCGAGCGUGCAACUCCGAAAUAUCCAUUUCGCAUACCCCGCUCGGCCGGAUGUAAAGGUGCUAAACGGCUUGGACGUCGAUAUUCGUCCUGGGCAAUUCUGUGCCCUUGUCGGGCCAAGUGGUGCCGGUAAAUCAACCAUCAUUUCGCUGGUUGAACGGUUAUACACGCCCGAAACCGGAUCCAUCGUGAUCGAUGGUGUCGACGUUACCAAGCACCGAGGUGUUGACUUCCGUGACUCUAUCGCUCUAGUGCCGCAAGAAAGCGUGCUUUUUGAGGGUAGUAUUGAGUUCAACAUCGGGCUUGGUGCUAGGCCAGGACAUGAAGCAACUAUCGAGGAAAUCAAAGAGGCGUGCAAGCUUGCCAACAUCCACGACGUUAUCGAAGCGCUGCCAGAGGGCUACAAGACUCUUUGCGGGCCCAAUGGUAGCCAGUUCUCGGGAGGUCAGAAGCAGAGAUUGUCUAUUGCUCGGGCACUCGUUCGGAAGCCUAAACUGCUGAUUCUCGAUGAAUCGACCAGCGCUUUGGACGCUGAAUCGGAGAAGCUACUGCAAGACGGGCUCGAAAAGGCCGCAAAGGGUAUUACUGUCAUUGCCAUCGCCCAUCGCCUCCAUACAAUUAGAGCAGCAGAUGUCAUCUUCUUGAUCGAGGGGGGUAAAUGCAUUGAUCGUGGAUCGCACGAUGAGUUGCUUGAAAGGUCGGACAGCUAUAGAGCAAACGUGAUGCAUCAAACAGUGGCCACGUGA